AUGACUCGGGAUGUCCUCUCUGAACUUCUCCUUCUCACCAGCUCCCCGAGCAAGCUUGCCGUCAUCGACUUGCGGGAUUCCGACCACAUCGGCGGACACAUCCACUCCUCAACCUGGGUGCCAAGCUCCACACUGGACUAUCGCAUGCCCGAGCUCGUCCGAACACUCAAGGACAAAGAGAAAGUCGUGUUCCACUGCGCUCUGAGCCAGCAGCGUGGGCCGUCUGCGGCUCUGCGCUACGCGCGAGAGCGAGAGGCAGCGCUCGGGCCCGAGGAGAGUAAGAAGCAGCAGGUGUAUGUCCUCGAGGGCGGGUUCGUCCAGUGGCAGGAGAAAUAUGGGAAUGAUGCGCGUCUGACGGAGGCGUAUGUCGAGGAUAUUUGGAGAGAGUAUUGA